GAGCGCACCAGAUAUUGGAUGCUUGUGAUAAACCAUGGCAGCUGAUGAUAAGGUUGCCAUUCUAACUGAUGAUGAAGAAGAACAGAAGAGAAAGUAUGUGCUUGCUGAUCCUUUCAACGGCAUUUCCAAGGAUCAAGACUUGCCACCCCAGAAUGAAUCCCCUUCGACGGAGACAACCACUGUCCCAGAUGAAGAGCUAGAUUGGUUAGAGAAGCACUGCGUCAAAAUAAACAAUGAUCUUCUGAUCUCAAAGGUCUUUUAUUUUUUCUUCUAUUCUGCAUAUGGCUCUCUCUACCCCUUGCUGCCUGUGUAUUACAAGCAGCUGGGUAUGUCACCCAGUCAGAGUGGACUUCUGGUGGGCAUCAGGUACUUUAUUGAGUUUUGCAGUGCUCCCUUCUGGGGAGUGGUGGCAGAUCGCUUCAAGAAAGGGAAGAUCGUCCUCCUCUUUUCGCUUUUAUGCUGGGUUUUAUUUAACCUGGGGAUCGGAUUUGUUAGACCAGCCACCUUAAGAUGCAUACCAAAAGGCCUUCCCCCAGCACAUCCCACCAACGCAAGCAGCCUUUUAACAACAGUUUCGCAAAACGCCUCGAUGUCUUCUCUGCUAACCACAGUGAGUACUGCAUCCCCGAAAGUUCGUGGGAAGAGAGACCUGCUCGCUUCCAGUCCAGUCACUUUGGAAACAACAGGGACAGCUAAUCCUGAAAUAACAUUCCUGUUAACUACACAAAGCAGUGAUGUGGACUUUGUCUUGGAAAACUAUACCCAUUUUAUUUUGAAAAACACCACCACUAGCCCAGGCUCACCAGGGAAUGCGACUUCGAGUACCACCCCAGCUGCCAUCACCACAAAGCCGAUGCCUUCUGACCAAGCUGUGCUUGUUUAUGAUCAACAAGAAGUAGAAGCCAUCUUUCUACUCAUUCUGCUGGUUGUCAUAAUAGGAGAAUUUUUCAGUGCUUCCUCUGUUACUAUUGUGGACACUGUAACACUGCAAUACCUGGGCAAACACAGGGACCGGUAUGGAUUGCAGCGUAUGUGGGGGUCUCUGGGCUGGGGGCUGGCCAUGCUCUCCGUGGGAAUUGGCAUUGACUAUACCCAUACAGAAGUUGGCAUUGAAGGUCAAGGGUGUAAAGCUCCUGAGUACAAGAACUACAGGAUAGUUUUCAUAGUUUUUGGUGUUCUGAUGACAAUGGCAUUAAUUGUGGCCACCCAGUUUCGGUUUCAUUAUGCACAUUUCAAGCAAGACGAAAAUAAGAGAAAAGAGGUAGAAAUCUCACAGGUGGACAGAAGUACCUCCAACGAAUCCUCCGAUAACACUCCUACCAGUACGAGCCAGUCGCAGUCUUUCAGUUUUUGGGACCUAAUAAAACUGCUAUGUAGUAUCCAGUAUGGCUCAGUGCUCUUCGUGGCGUGGUUCAUGGGGUUUGGAUAUGGCUUUGUGUUCACCUUUCUUUACUGGCACUUGGAAGACCUGAAUGGCACCACCACUCUGUUUGGAGUUUGUUCUGUGCUCAGUCACGUGUCUGAGCUGACUGCCUACUUCUUCAGCCACAAAUUAAUCGAAUUGGUUGGUCAUAUCAGAGUGCUUUAUAUUGGUCUUGCCUGUAAUACAGCUAGAUACAUUUACAUCUCGUAUCUGGAAAACGCCUGGACUGUUCUUCCGAUGGAAGUACUUCAAGGAGUCACACAUGCGGCUAUAUGGGCAGCUUGUAUUUCAUACCUUAGCGCGGCAGUGCCUCCAGAGCUGAGAACAUCAGCCCAGGGAAUCCUCCAAGGUCUCCACUUGGGUCUGGGCAGAGGAUGCGGGGCUAUGGUUGGAGGGGUUUUGGUCAAUUACUUCGGUCCUGCUGCCACAUUCAGAGGAAUAGGCAUGGCUUGUUUAGUGAUUCUUCUUCUGUUUGCAUUGAUCCAGUGGCUGUUGGUUCCUGAUGAAGAAGAAGAAAAGACAAUGCUGGCGGAAAGGAUCCCAGUGCCUUCCAGUCCUGUUCCCAUAGCAACUAUUGACCUUGUACAACAGCAGUCAGAAGAUAUCAUGCCUCGGACUGAGCCCAGACUCCCUCUAAAGAAAACUAAACACCAAGAGGAGCAAGAGGAUGUGAACAAGCCUGCCUGGGGUGUCAGCUCUUCUCCUUGGGUCACCUUAGCUUAUGCUGUCUACCAGAUAAAAGAGAUGGUUAAACUAUCCAAAACCAAUCCAACUCCUGAGAAUCAGCCUUUGCAGAAAAUCAGUGAGAAUUGCAGUGCUUCAUCAGCCAGCUCAGCAAGACAACCCCAAAAUCCGACACAUUCUGGGCAGUCCAGAAAUUGUUCAGCACCAACACCUACAGCAACAUCAGAUUCCCAAAUAGAUGGCGACCGCGUUGUGUCGGAUCAUGAUGCUCAGCCUGCUGCUGCAGGGCCCUGAGAUGCGCUCAUCUUCUCCAAUCCAGUGCAUGGAAUUCUGCUUCUCACCUGGGAAAUGCUGCAGUAGGAGCUCAAAAGUAGGACUUCCUUCAUCUUAACGAUCAUAAUGUGAUGCCGUGCAAGCUUUUAACUAUAUAAAGAAUAUUCAUAUGACUACACAGAGCAAUAUGAGCAGGGAAGCCAAAAGUUCGGAAUUCUUGAGGGAAGUGAUGUGGCCGGAUCUAACGGUAGGAAGAAAUCUUGGCUGCUUUGCCAAAGCUGAGUCAAGUGCUAUGAGAUUUCUUUGCAAUCUGUAGAAAAAGGGAGUUCACUCUUCACUUGUUGAGGCACAGAGUGUCUGAUGUGAUUGGAUAAUUUUCUUCUUUGAAUUUGUUCCCAAGACAAAAUGAAAAGACUUUUUAGGAGAGAAACUGAGUUUCCCUGCAUAGUCUAUUAGAAAGUAUCAGAUCCAAUAAACAUAGGAACAGCAUGAAACCAUCUCUGUAAAGAUUUCUCAGAAACAGAGUAGCUUUAGCAAGCGUAUCUUCAUAUUAUGGUGAUGGAUUAAGUAAAACACACACAU